AUGUCUGCAGUAACCACACAACCUGUCCCUUUUGGACUUUUAGAAAGGGAAAAACACAUUGAAAAUGUGUUAGGUAGAUUGAAAGGAAAGAGGAAUAAAGGAACUGAAGAACCAUUGGAUAAUAUAACACUUUCAGGUGCUAUACGGCAGCACCCUAUUAGGAUUAAUUCAGAAAAAUCAAAAGUUCUGGAGGAGAAAACCGCUGAUGGAGAUUUUGAGAAAGUAAAAGAAGAGACUUCCUGUGGGAUGCAAUUUAAUAAUUCGAAGAAAGAAGAGUGGAUAGAGACUGCUUUUCACACCCCUUCACUCCCUAAGGACAUAAGAGAGCAAGGGACAAUGCAGAAUUUCCAUGGACUGCAACCACUCCGCAAACUCCAUCAGCUAUGUAUCACUGCAAAGGCUGAGCACCAAGGGCUUAUCUGUGAUCCUGGCAGAACAUACAUUAUCACCUCUCAAAAAGGUGAACAACUGUACAUGGCAUCAGAAGUUACUUCUUGCCUGUGUUUGAACUUGUGUGGUGCAGCCCGAUCCUGCUGUAUAAAGAUCUACAACCUGCAAUCAGAGGAGGUACUGCAUUUUACCAGACCCUUCAGGGUAGAUGCCUGUUGUUUUGGAUGCUGCCUAAUGGAGAUAUAUGUGUUCAAUGCCCAGGAGGAACAAAUUGGCACAAUUAAGCAGAGGUGGAGCAUGUUCACCCCAUUGCUGGAAAUCUGUGACAUGGAUGGACACGGGAUUAUGAAAAUUCAUGGCCCCUGUUGUCCUUGCCGCUGUUAUUCGGAUCAAGAAUUUAAGAUUACAUCCAAGAUUGGGAGCCAUUUAGGACUGAUCUGGAAGCGGUGGCAAGGGUACAAUUCAGAACACAACAUGGAUCAUGAAUACUUUGGUGUGGACUUUCCAAUCAACAUGGAUCCAAAUGCAAAGGUCCUUUUGCUAGCUGCUGCCUUCUUACUCAAUUUCAUGUUCUUUGAAAUGAGCUGA